AUGACCCCAAAGAUCGUGGGUUUCUAUGGCAACGGGGCCGACACGGAGAAGAUGCUGCGGGGGGCCGGGGGUGGGCUGGGGCCGGGGGAGAUCCGGAGGCGCCGACCAACUCCUGCCAACCUGGUCCUGAGCAGCGACCAGUCGUCCCCAGAGAUUGACGAGGACCGACUGCCCAACCCCCUGCUGAAGUCGGGUCUGGCCAUGUCACCCAGGCAGAGGAAGAAGGUUUCCCGCACCACCCCGACCAUGAAAGAGCUGCAGAUGAUGGUGGAGCAUCACCUGUGCAAGCAGGCGCAGGGCGAGGAGGAAGAGGAGGCAGCCGCCGCCGGCCAGGAGCGUGGCCCUGGCCGCUGCCACCACAGUGACACCGAGCACAGCCACAGUCCCGGUGGCACCUGCCCGCUGGCCACGCACGAGGGUGGCCCCGGUCCCGGCGAGCGGACCCACGGAGACGAGCGGCAAAGCCUGGCCGAGGAGGGCACCCAUAUAGCACCGAAGGAGGCCAGUGGCAAGGGUGCUGCCAGCAGCCAGUAG